CUCAAGAAUUUGCUUUUUUAUGGAUAAACACCUAGGUAGCUGUCGAAGACGUGUUUGGAGAACUAAAAAAAAAGUUUGGAGAACUAAGGUAAAACACAGACAAGAACAUAAGGCAUAGCUUGAUAGUCGAACAAAAGAAUGAAGGAUUAGUUGUACUCCUGGUCUGUCGAGUGCGCUUCUAAAACGGAAUAGAAACCCUCUAAGCUCCUGCAUGAUUUCGUCAACGCUCUCUCACGUUGAUGGAAAACACGCGGUCACAGCCAUAACUGACAGCGCUGAAGCAUCCCCUGUAAGACAGCGAAGCAAGGACCACUUCUGUUGAUGCGAAGACUCCACUAGUUGACAGAGAUCACUUUCAGCGCCGUCACGUCCUUCUCGUCACGUCCGUCAGAUCACCAAGAUGUCGGAGGCAACAGAAAAAAAAGCUGAGGCUGCUCAGCAAAAGGACUUCCUUCUUGGGUUUGAGUGCACGUUUAUUGUUAAGGCCUAUACGAUAACUCACCUCCUCCCCAGCUUAUCUUCUUCAACACGGAUCGCGUAAGUAUAAGUAGAACUAUUGUUCAUCGAUCUUUCUUUAACGAAAAGGAGAAAACGUCGCACUCAAGUGCAUUAUAAAUAUAUAAAUAUGAAUAUUAUAAUGACAAUGAGCCAACAAGUUUUGUUUCUUGUGGUUCUGGUUAGGUCUGUGCUCCACCAAUGAUUAUAUGUAUAAAUGAACCAAUGACUAGUAGUACUGUACGCUGUCUAAUAUCAACUACCGGUGGUUCAUGCGAUUCAUGGAUGGCCUGGGUGCACUUUUUCCGAUUAUUAGCAUCAACUGCACCGAAGAGGGAUGGAAGUCGGAGUUCAUCAACGAACGACAAACGGUGUUGUGCGAUUUUGCUCUACUUAUGGGUGUAGGUAGUGCAUCCUCAGUCAUCGUCAUUCUUGGCUAGUUUUCUACUUUGAAAAGCAAAAGGCGUCAAGGAUGCAUCAGCAAAGUCAUCUGAAAGAAGCAGACAAAAAGAGGGUUUAGGGUUCACCCAGAUGAUGAUCGCUGGGAUGCAUAUCCUACACCUCUAAUCUACGCAAAGAAUAUUUCGAAUAUUACAUGUGCGCGAAGCCUCUCAGUCUCACUUUCCAACCUCAAAUGGUCUACAAGGCACUCAGGUACAAUGCAUUUCGACGUCGUGUGGUACAGUUAGGUAGCACAGUGAGCUUCUAUAUUGUCUACUCUACGGUGGUUGAGAGUUACCACAUCGAUCAGGAGCACACAUAUGACAAAUAGAUGAGCAGGCAUUUUUUAUUUCGAAGGAACGAAGAGACUUCUAUCAAUCUACUUUAUUUAAUGAGGUACGAUUCUUGUACGUAGUUCUAGUUCCUCUGAUUCUUUUGAUUACAAGUAAUCUCGUACUUCUUCAUGAUGUCUACUUGUCUGAACGUUCAUGAUUUACAUCAUAAUUAGGUGUUGCAGGAUCGAAGGAGAUGCGGAGGGUAAAGUUGAGGCCUUACGAUUGCACAUGCGUUACAAUCCGACUCAAAGUUCUGGAAUAUCUUUCCGUGUAGACGCUGGGUUGCCUACAGAAACGGCAACGGAAUUCUGGAUUUAUGGACACCAACAUUUUAGUUUGUUAAAAACAUAAGAAGAUGAGUGUCUUCUAAGAAAGAUUUUAAGACAACUACAAGAUUGCUAAAGCGCAAGUGAUUCUUAGUCAACCACCAGGAAAAAAUAGAAUCAGUGAAAGAGCCAAGACAGGUGCUUAUCGAGCAAUAAAAGCGCUUGAUUAUCUUUAUUGUAGUUUGUUCCAAAGUUUGACGUUAAUCUGAUAGACCCCUUUCAUAGCAUUCCACAAGCCGACGAUAUUCCGGAGACGGGGGUCGUGCCACACAUGGGCCCUAUGGAUCGUGUGCAGUUCACCUCCAAAGAGUUUCUGCGCAUUAUGGGAGAUUUUAAAGCGAACGGCUUUGACGACACAAUGCAGUUGGAAAUUCGUGGAAAUGAUGGGGCUGUUUGUUUCAAAGGCAGAGGCGAGCACUCGACAGCACAUAUAGCGGUAGUUCUAAUGUUUUGAGAAACAGCGCUAUUAGCUUUGAGGCGGCUGCGCGACAUGUCCAUGCCGAGCCUGCUGGCGACACUGUGCGCCACGCGGCCGCACGCUGGACCGGUGGACUCGGCGGCGCUUGGCCCUGCGGAGUUCGGGGACAGCACUGCGCGAGAACUCAGGGGCGCCGGGCCUGCUCCGGGCCGCGUGCGGGGGAAUACGUGCCCAGGCUAGGCCGAUGACGGCACUCGGCCGACCGCGAUGCAGGGGCAAAACCCUCCCGCAGAGGAGUGCACUAGGCUGGCCAAUGGCGCCUCACCAUAGCAGCACCUGGGAAGGACCGGCUGGCGACUCUACCGGAUGGCGCCCAGAACGUUCCCCCGAGUGCCUUUUUGGGCGGGCUCUCCGGCAGGGCGUGCCCCAUCGAGCGGACCGGCGGCGGAGGGGCUUCCCCCUCUGGGAUGUUUGUGGCGGGGUGUCCAAUUCUGCAGGACGUCGAGAAGGUGGCGGCAGGGGCCACCCGGGGCGAAGUGGCUGGCGCGCGGUUACGUUUUCAAGCAACAUAGCUCCUGGCUGGGUCUCCAAGUUUUGCGAUUAAACUAGCGCAACGGAGGGGCCUUCCUCUACAUCGCCCAAAGCAAGGCGAUGGAAAAGUUGGAGGCGGGCGACGCCAAAGAAGUAGAGGAUGCCGGGGGAGACUACCAGAAGCAAACGGACCAAGCCGCGCAAGGCUGAGGGCCGGGGGUUGUUACGAAGUUCGUCCUCCUUUUUCGUUAGCCUUUCGGCGGGGGUCGCGGGAACACUCUCAGCCUUAUCGCUUUGCGCUGUCGUUUCGCCUUGCCGUUCCUUGGUGUCGUUCCCUCGUGUCGUCCUAUCUGUCCUACAGUUUCGUCGCGUCGUCUCUUCCCUUUUGGUCUCGCUUGGGCGCGCUUGUCUUUGUCUACUCAAGAGCGACGAAGGGAGAGCUGUCGCCGCUGUCGUCGGUGUCGUCGAGGAUGGUCGCUACCGUAGCCCCGCACUUUGUUGCUAAUCAAAGCGCCUGCUCCGAGUCCGACGCGUGUCAUUCAUGGGGCUGCAUCGGCGCGCCUGGUUCUGUUUCUUUUCCAUUUUACCCAAAUCCAUUUAGAGACUUUUCGCCACGCUCGCGCUUCGCUUCAAAAACUAACGAAAUGGCGCCCCACAUCGUCGCCGACGCUGCCCUCUGGUGGGAGUCUGGACCCGUUUCGGAGACGAAUGCGCAGGGUAAGACGAUGAAGAGAAAGAAAAGGGCGGGAAGAUGUUGGAGAAGAUGACGGCGACAGAUCCAGCCCCGUGCUGUUCCGAACUAUGGCGCACGGGCGUCCUUUCUUGGCUGACGAAGCUCCACCAGUGCACUGGUCUACUCUUCAAGCUUCUGGGGUCAGAUACUUCACGAAUGCCAUGCAGACACUACACGAGUACGGUGGUGAGCCUGAUCGGCUUUGAGCCAUGGCUGUAGAUGCGUCUUGUUUCUGUGAGUGCACGCGUGUAACGUGCUAACUAUGCGACCAAGCUCCUCAACCGCUGCGCACUGUUGGUUCUACCCAAACGCCAAGACAGAAGUGACGCAUCUGCUUGGUCUUACUCGUUCUCCGCUCGCGUGGUAGUUCUGCUUUCAAAGGGGUUCCUUCGUUGCGUGGGGCGAGCGCUUCGCAGCCGACCGGAUCCGGAUGGUGGCUCGCGUCCCCGACGCGGUGCAGCCGCCAGCGAGCCGGACCGCCUUCGGCUUGGGACAUUUCGAGCGUUUGGCAAAACGUGGGAAGGGUGUCGCUUUCUCGUUAGGUCUGCCGCAGGGUAUGGGCCUUGGCGUUGGCCCGUUUUUUUUGGCACUCUGUCGAGGGGGACAGGCUCCCCCCCCCGGCAACAUGAGGAGCGCCGCGCAGCGUCACAGACUGAUCUUCGUGUGUGUGUGCUUGUCGCAUCAAGUUGCUUGGCGAAGGCUUUGGCCCUCCGCUGUGGCGUGUCUGUGAGUCCGCACCGGUCACCCCCGGACUCGAGCCCUCGGCGGUCAUCUCCUUAGCCGAACCGCUAGACCAGUGCACCGAAGUGACGCGCCUCGCGGUGCUCUGUCUGAGGUGUCACAGGGAGAGAGCUGCGUAGGACCAACCAGCAGCUGCGGGGCGCCGCUCGGGGUGGGUUUGUUCUGAUUCGUGGAGGACUCUGCUCCAGGUUGGCUUUGCGUAUGGGGUCGUGUGCGGGGACGCAUGUGAUGAGGGCGCAUGGUGACGCGCCUGCAGUGUGUGGUAGGUACUCGCUGGCUCAGCAUGGAGCCCUGGGGGCACACUCGAAAGGGCUCGUCGGUGUUGCUCUUGAGGUUCUCGGGGUUUCGCGCUCUUUGGUAGUGCGUCGUUUGUGUGAGCGUGGGCGCCUGUCUUCGUCGUGGAAGUAGCAGCUCUUUUCUUUCUGCGUGUCAUCCUUCUAUGAUAAUCCAGGUUCAGCAUGACGUUUCUGGAAAACCAAACCAGCGAGUAUAUUGCAAGCAUGUUCCUACGGAGUCCGAAGCGAUUCUUGGCAGUAUCGAUCUCCUCCAGAGAAUAUCAAAAUCCGGAAAGAUUGCGCCUUUUUGGGACAUGUUUAUCAAGGAAAAAAAGCCUAUGAUUGUACUUUUGAGUUUGAGCAUUAUAAUAAGUUGUAUAUUAAUUUGCUUGUGCUGUGUACUAAGUAGAUCAAGCAUCUAGAACAUUGCUGUUACCAGUCAGUUGCUGCUAACAAUGUUGCAUACAAAAAGUUUUAACGAUAGGAUGAAGGAAUGGACAUCAUGAGUGCGGCGAAUUAUGGGAAACCAAGAAAUUGUCCUGGUGAUCUAUUCACGUCAAUGUCAGUACACUGUUGUUGCUCGUCCUGUCUCGAAGAAUAUUAGUACUUAAUAGUAUUUAUUACAUUCUUGGUCUGCCUCUACUGAACCUGGAGCAUGUCAAUGUGAUGCCAGACUAUCUUUCCCCAAACUACUACUACUCAGCCUCUGAAGCAUCUCAAAGAUGUGCAACUAUCUUUCCCCAAACUACUACUACUCAGCCUCUGAAGCAUCUCAAAGAUGUGCAACUAUCUUUCCCCAAACUACUGCUACUACUAUCCCCACCAGUUCCGCCUUUCCCCAAACUACUGCUACUACUACUAUCCCCACCAGUUCCGCUUACCGUUGUAUGCGGAUUCCGAAUUUGCGCAUUGCUUUUCGUCGCGAGGGAGAGACAGCUCUGCAUUACGCUUUUUCAUCUUUAAGGCUUCCUUUCAUGCUUAAUCAAAUAAACAAACCGGCGGCACACACCGAAGAUGACCACUAUGAUGUACUGUUAACGGUGACUUUCUUCAAGAUUGUAGGAUCACUUUCAAGAUUUAUUUAGGAUGACUUUUGAAUCCAUACAAUUUUUGUGUGCUCUAAUCUCUGUGGUUUCAACAAGAAGCGGAGUCCCCAACAUGGAUACGAUCACCUCAUAAACAAACGCGAACCAGAUUUCGUGGCGAAGCCAAGGCCUGAGACGAAACCAAGAGAUGUCACGAAGCCAGUGGAUCCAAAAUUAACAUUCGAUCUGACGGGACCUGUUGAAGGUAAUAGUAUUUCGAUCUUGAGAAAAAACGUUUUAAGUUAACAAUUGUACUUUCAAGAUGUGAACAAUACUCGUCGUGGUGGACUUCCCUUCCUAAAGUUUAAGUAGUAAGCUUUGCGGUUUUUCCCACGUUUUCUCCUCUUUUAAGUUGUAUGUUCCUCGAUCGACGUCAGCCUUUCCUUUUCCAUCCUUCUCAACAGAGGACCCCGAUUACGGCGUGCAGCUUGGCGAACUAACGUUUUGGUUACAGGGCAUGAAGGAAGAGCAAGACGUCAUUCAGCAGUUCGCGAAAAUGAGAGGUACUCCAUUGGCAAGACAGCGGCGUGAACGCGAGCUGCGAUUUGAGAGAGCAGCGGAGCUAAUCACAGCGCACGGCGGUCAUGCAGGUACAACUAUACAUUAUGACGUGUCCUUGAUGACUGAACAACUUCAACUCGAUUAUUGGUCAUAGGGAGCUAGUCAUAGAUAUACUGACUAUACAUUAUGACUUGUCCUGCAAUUAAUACAACUCCACGAUUGAUAGGGAACUAGAACAAGAAACAUGUAGCUUGUUUAUAACUACCUACUUCUCUGGAACUUGAAAAACUUCAAGUUGAUUUCAUGUACUAUUAUCUCCACCACUCACUCUCACUCUCACAGCCGAUCUCUUGCUGAACGGAAAAAGGCAGAGGCUUAAUUGAUGCGGCUUCUUGUAAGCUUCGAACUACCAGUGCAGGAAGAAGCCAUUUCCAUUCUAUUGCGGCUUACUCGUCACCUUUGAGUUUUGGUUUUGGACAACCCUUAUUCUACUUACUCUAUCGCCUUCUUAUAUCGCUUUGACACACGACUCUUGAAGAUCACCAGUUGAAUCAUGAAGGAUUAAAAUCAUGAAUCAUUUUGGGGAAACGCUAUCAGCGAACGCAUCCUCUCGAGUGGCAAAACGUUGUAAUUACACGCAACAGGCCAAUAAUGCUGUGAAAUAAACACGCACGACUAUGAACAAUCACCACACCUGUGAUGAAUUCUUGAUAAGAAUGAAAUAAUGUUGGCUCACCAUCAGAUUCGAAUGCG